AUGAUUUCUUUUUCUGCAGGAAACUUGAUCAGCGAAUUGAAGGAGAAAGAUUUCGGAACAGGAUCCCUGAGCACGUCAUUAAGAGUGCUCCGGCUGGCGUCCAAUUCGCUCACCCGACUUCCACAGAACGCCUUCAAGGGACUGGUGGCACUGGAGAGCUUGGAUGUUCGCGACAACUCCAUCAUGUUCAUCCAUGACGAAACUUUCAACAUGGGACCACUGGCGCUCAAGUCACUGGAUCUCAGUGGGAAUUUGCUGGCAAAGCCGCCGUUUCAAGCCCUUGGCGCCUACAAGGAAUUACAGUUGCUUGACUUGUCCAGGAAUUCCAUCACCACGCCCUAUGAUGUUCAUUUCCAAAACUUCCAAGACGUGAAUGUGACGACAUUAACAGGGAACCCCCUGAUGGCCAUUGGCCCCGAGGCCUUCAAAAACGCCCGCGUCAAGGAGAUCGUCGUCAACUACACGAACCUCUGGUACCUGACCCAGGAUUCCUUCGACGGCCUGCAGGCCGACCUGACCAGUCUCGACCUGAGCUUCAACAACUUGACUCAGCUGCCCCGGAAACUGUUGGAGAGGCACGAGAGACUGCAUAGUUUGUCGCUGAGGGGCAAUAGGUUGGACGAGAUCCCGACCGCGGACCAGAACGGCGGGUUCCAGUACACCCUGAGGAGUCUGGAUUUCGGGGGUGAGAGGAUGCCGGGGAUCAAGACCAAGGCGGACUUGAAGAAGAUGCGGAAUCUCCGUCGACUCGGGUUCAGUCUUGGCGGCAAACAGGUGCUGACUCAAGAUGCUCUCGUAGGAGUCAGCCCAGCAGUGCUGCACCUGGACCUGACCAAGAACCGACUGAAACGGAUCGAACCCGAGGCCUUCAAACCAGUGCCAACCCUCAAAACACUGGAUCUUUCCGACAACAUGCUCGAGGAUUUGCACGUGCUGACUUUUGCGGGGCUCAGUCAGAGUUUGGAAACGUUGCUCAUGCGCAGAUCAUUGGCCAAACCCGCGAGUUGGCCGCGCAAAUUUUUCGCAGGCUUCACUUCCUUGGUCACGUUGGACUUGAGGGCCAACGGAAUCACGCACUUGGAUGCCGAGGACUUUGCUGAUAUGGGGUCUCUCAAACAGAUCAACCUGGACCUCAACUUCAUUUCGAGACUGCCUGCGGAGCUGUUUUCCCCAGCGCACACACCAGUCAUCGAAGUCGUCAGCUUCAAAUACAACUAUCUUCAAGAAAUCCCGUCCAUGGCGUUUGCGAAGUUGGAUCAUUUGCGGGAAGUUCUGCUCUCCGAAAACAGGAUAGACGUGAUUGAAAAGAAGGCCUUCUCGGACCUGGAUCGGAUACAAUACAUCGACUUGAGCAACAACUUCAACGAACGGCUCGUGGAUAACGUGUGGCAGAACUUGCCGCGAUUGGAGCUACUGUCCUUGAAGAACAAUGGAAUGCGAGACUUGAAUUUUGACGCCAUGGAACAGGUCGGCAAUUUAGCAAACUUCCGUUUCGACGUAUCAGAAAAUCAGCUUCGCAAUCUGACGAUCCCUGGAGAAGCUCCGAGUUGGCGGAACCAUUUCAACGUGAAAUUCCUCAAUGCGAGCAGAAAUGAGAUCGUCUACGUGAGCGACGAAUUUUUCGAUGGUGUCGGGAACAACCUCAUCUCCUUGGAUCUCAGCCACAACUCCCUGGCAGAACUCCGUCGCUCAGUUGCCGGGAAGAAGCCUUACUUGCAACUCCUGAAUAUCAACCACAAUGCCAUCAAAAAGAUACGUCGGGAUGCCACAGAAGGUUCAUGGAACCUUCUCGAAAUACACGCCGCUAACAACAUAAUAGAAGACAUCCCCGAAGACUUCUUCCGCAACAAAACCCGUCUCCGAGUAGUGAAUUUAUCGGGUAAUAAACUAACAGCUGCUCCCCCCGGACUCUUAGACAACAACCGCCUAGAAGUUCUCCUGGCUGCCAACAAUCUAGUGGAUCGCUUUCCAGAUUUCAGUCUCAAACCCAUGCCGACUCUCCGCGUUUUGGACGUGUCUGGAAACAAAAUCGAACAUAUUCGAGCUACGGACAUCGUCUCACUACGAAAUCUCAUCUCUCUGGAUGUCUCCGACAACCGACUGGAAGGCCUUGAUGCUGGCGUUUUCGGUUCCUUCCACAGGAUCCGCGUUUUGGACUUGUCAGGAAAUCCGCUUCUCGGCGACGCGUUUUCUCCUGCAAUGCUGGAGAACCUGGAAGAACUAGAGGAAUUGUCCUUGGCAGACGCUGGACUAGAAAACAUUACAUUACCUACGUUGAAUAAUCUUCUCAGUCUCAACGCAUCCGGGAACGAGUUGUUUGAACUGGAGUCGCAGACUCUGGGUCAGACGCCGAAUCUCAAACAGUUGGACAUUUCUAGAAACAACUUGACGAGUCUGGACUCGGGUGGAUGGAUGAUGAUUCCAUUCUUGCGACAACUGCGGGCAUCUGGCAACCCAGUGACUGUGCUGCAAAAUAGUUCACUGGUGGGUCUGCAGAGACUGCAGUUGCUGGAUUUGAGAGAGUUGCCCUUGGAGGACUUGGAGACUGGGGCAUUGGCGAUUUUGCCCGGACUGCAAGUGUUGUUGGUCAGUAAUUAUCCUGAAGCCGGGGAAGAGGCCCUCGGCAAAGCACUGGCUGGGGUCUCCGGGUUGGAGAAACUGGUCGUGGAUAUUAUUCAAGAUCCAAAGUUGGGCAACAUGUUCCCAGCUGCUGCACCCUCAACACUGAGGGACCUGGAGAUUUCAGGGAAAAGUUUAGUUUCCUUCAAGACCUCAGCAUUCUCAGGAAUCACAUCCCCCGCCCUCAAGAUAACUGUGAAGGAGACGAACAUAGAGAUCCUUCCGGUGCAGUUGUUUGAGCACACGGGGCGAGUUUACUCAUUGCAACUGGAUUUGCGGGACACAAAGUUGUCGCACGUGGGCGAUCCGCAAAGAAAGCCCGGCUCAGGAAGCUCAUAUCGGGUGCAUCCAACGUGGCUGGACGACUUGCGGAUCGGCGGCAGUAGUUGGCGCUGCGACUGCGGCAUCGGGUGGAUGGAUGACUGGCUGUCGUCGGAUCGGGAAGUGCCCUGCAAGAUCGGAGUGGACUGGUACAUGACGGCUCCGGCAGACUGUCCCAGCAUCGUGGCCACGUUCCGGAGCGCCAAGUGCCGACGGGACGGAAAGUCCGUCCUCCGUUCCUUCCUCGACGAUAUGGACUGUUCAGAGGCGGCCACGUCCGGCGCCGCAGCUUCCGUGCUAGUCUUCGCUGCCGCCGCAGCUCACCUGCUCCUCAUGGGGCUUCAUAGAGCUUGAUCAAUGUUAUCACUUCCGAAGGUUACGUGAUAUAAAAAAAAAGUCCAUUGUUUUUGCUAAGUGACGUCAAGUUAACAUUAAAUUUGGAAAAAAGAACAAUUCCCCUUGAUCAUAUCAAAUGUUCAAUGGGUCAUACCAAAAUCCUUACCAUAGAUGAAUAUGUACAGAACUCGAAACUCUGACCUAAACUCGGUGUCACUGAAGAAUACUGUACUGUGAAAUUCUGAAAUUCAGCAGAACUGGUCAAAAACUUUAAAUUAGAAUAAUUCCUAGAAAGUAAUCCUGAAAAUGGGAAGCCACGCGGUUUGUUAUCAUAGAACUCUUAGACACAAUUUCCUUACCUUUUUGGCAGAGUUUGAAAACUGUCAAUACAUUGCAAAAGAGAAGGAGUUUUGAAUAAAUGCUGCAAAUUAUAGAGCGAAGAGAAUACUUUCGAUUUUGGGGCGAAGACAAUUUUUUUUCGGAUUUUAUUUUCGAAUGGAACGCUGAUAUUUUGACGACUGGAAUAUGAGAGGAAAAGAUUUUUUGUGGAGUUCAAUCCCAGAAAAUAACUUGUGUUCUUUCCUGAAGAGUGCAUAGGAAUCUCCGACCAACGAAUAAAUUCUUUAAAUUCACAUCCUGAAUUUUGGUUACGUGUCUGGUAAAAUAUUCUGACUUUCCCUGCAAAUUCUCACAGAAAUCGAGAAUAUGUACCGUGUUUCCGCAACAGUUGGACCCAAAAAACCCAACUUUUCCCUUCUUCUGAGGCAAUCAUAUUCUGCUUAAUUAAAGUCCUAUGCGCCGUAAUCCUCAAAUAUACAGCACGUGAAUUAUUCUGACAGUGAUUUGCAUCCGAGAUGCCAAACACACCAAAAAGAUUCCCACUUUCUAACAUCAUUGCAAUCAAUCAAUACAUUCUAUCAAUUUUUUGUCAUUUGAAUGCGAGAUCUACCCACACAUCUUCGAGGGGAAACACAUAUACCGUAAUACUGUACCAGUCUUGCGUUUGAGGAAACAUGGUACUAAUCUGGAGAUACAGUAGAUAUGAAAGGGAAAAACUCAAAAGCCUAUUUUGCAGAGAAUUUUACGCAGGAAUCGUUAAAUCAUGUUAUUCAUUCACGAAAGCUGUGAUUCAACGCUAAACCAGCUCCUCUCAAACUUUUUUUUUAAACCUUCACUUCCGAAGAUACUAAGACUUCACUCUCGACACAAUCGCAACAACGACCACGCACUAACUUCCAAAUGUUUUCUCCUUGAUUUGUUCAGUCGAGAGUGGAAUCCAGCGUAGCAUAAGUUCUUUCUGUUUCGGGAGCUUAAAGCUGACCUCACUCAAGAGAACGGGAAAGUUAUUGCGUCUUACUACGAUACUUGAUUUUUUGUUUAGAGUUUCUCAAGUUAUUUCCAAUACUUCUUAAAUUAUUGGACGACACGCAGACAGACGGAGAAUUUAAAAAGAAAUGGUGCCAUGGUUCUCCAGAAAACAUUUUCAAAAGUGUUACGAAAGACAAGAAUAUUUUCUAUGACGCGUGUGGUGCGAACAAAUGUCCCACUUUUUUUGUUCAAUCGGAACCCAGGGCAUGUUUCGAAAGUUCCUGUCAACAACAACAGAAAUUCGUUUUCCCUCCUGGGAGAUCAGAUCUCAUUUUGUUCAGCUCGAAACUGAAUCCUCGACAACGUGAACGCAAUUUUUUCGCUAUACGCGUACACACCUCAUGACUCCACCCGACUUAAUUUGCAUCCCCUCGCUUCCUACCGAGAAAAAGGAUUUCCAUGCGAUCUUAUGAUUGCGUUGAUAGUGUUACGGAAUUAUGUGCAACACGUAUUUUCGAGAAAAAAAAAAAGAAAAGAAAGACGAUCGAGAACUGAAACUUUCAUAGUAUUUGCUCUGCGUCGCGCGGGAGAAAGAGUCAAUUUUAUUCCGUCAAUUAUUCCGCUAUUUUUUGAAUUGCACCGACUUGCGGCAUCUCUUGUGUCUCGCGGGGAAAUGGAAGAACAAGAAGAAAAAUCGUUGCUGUUGGUUUA